AUGCUCAUUGUACUGCAGAAUUCCCGGGUUUUUACUGACCUGUGUGGUGAGCUGUUAGCCAGUGUCCAUGUGGCGCUGCUCUUGAUGAUUCCGACACAGGUAAGGAGACAGCUGGUCAGCUCUGAUGACAAGUGUACAUGGUUCAGUGUUGUCUCUGUUCGCCUUGUUUUUAUUUCAUUGAAAAAAAUCAAACUAGCAGUCCCCAUUGUCCAUAUAUUAGAAAUAGAUCUCAUGGAAAUUGAAAAUGCAAGUUUUCCUAACACCUUUAUUCUGCUGGGAUUCUCUGAGUUUCCCUGGUUGCAGAGUCCACUCUUUGCAGUGGUCCUGGUCUCCUACCUGCUCACUCUGUUGGGGAACAGCUCCAUCAUUAUCCUCUCCCUGCUGGGCCCCAGACUGCGGAUUCCCAUGUACUUCUUCCUGGACAACCUCUCUCUACUGGAUCUCAGUGUCACCUGCACCAUUGUGCCUCAGCUGCUGGUCAACCUCUGGGGACCAGACAAGACAAUUGCUGCCUGGGGCUGCAUCACACAACUCUAUGUUUAUACCUGGACAGGUGCCACUGAAUGCAUCCUGCUGGCUGUGAUGGCCAUUGAUUUCUAUGUCGCCAUCUGCUGGCCCCACCAGUACACUCUUAUCAUGCAUCCCUGGAUUUGUGCACAGAUGGCAGCUGCCUCCUGGUCCAGUGCCCUGGCCAGUACUCUGCUCCAUGCCACACUCACCAUCCAGCUCCCACUCUGUGGGCACCACACCCUGGACCACUUCUUCUGUGAGAUACCUGUGCUCAUCAAGCUGGCCUGUGGGGACACCACAGCUAAUGAGCUGGCCCUGGCUUUAGGAGCCAUUCCUUUUGCAGGGAUGGCUCCUCUGAUGGUGGUCAUCUCCUACAUCUUAAUUGUCAGGGCUAUUCUGAAACUACUGUCAGCUGAAGGAAGACACAAGGCACUCAGCACCUGCAGUUCCCACUUGCUGGUGGUCACCAUGUACUUUGGGCCAGGCAUCUACAUGUAUCUCCAGCCCCCUUCCCACAGCACAAAGGCCAAGUUUAUGUCAUUCUUAUACAGCAUUAUCACCCCAGUGCUCAACCCACUCAUCUACACCCUAAGAAACAAGGAUGUGAAGACAGCAUGGAAGAGGAUCCUUCAAUCCCAGGGUGAGGUGAAGUCUUGGAAAGUCAGAAGAUCCCUGACUGUGUCCUGA